AUGCGCUUCGCACUGUGGUCCGCUGCCCUCCUCGUCGGCUGCAUGGCUGCCCCCAUGCUUCCGACGCACCCGCUCAUUGUCCGAAGAGAAUUGACAGAGAAUGGUGAAGUGCGCGACAACGACGAACCGUUGACCUCCGAUGGCGACGUGGACCCUGUCAAUGACGGCGAGGUCAACAACAACAUCUCGCUGAUCCGGCUCUGCUAG